UUGAGAUCACAGAACCUGGAACCCUCGAUCCGCAUCGCAUAGGCGUCGCAGGUCUGAUAAAAAGCGCACAAGGAAACCGCCGUGAGAGAAGAAGACGACUUGUUCUAGCCCUAGAUCUGCUUCUUCUCACUCACCCGCUCAUAUACCCUGCCUGAUCUCCUUUCUCCGUUUCCACAGGGUUAAGGAUGGUUUCCGACGCCAGCAAGAAAAAAGCGGCUCAGAAGAAGGCGGCUGCCGCGGCCAAGCGAGGAGGAAAAGCAGCGGCGGCUGCUUCAUCGAAGGCAGCAUCGGCCAAUUCGCAGAAUGGAGUUGAUAAGUUGGCGAAUGGAGUCGAAGCUCUUCAUUUAUCUGAUCGGACUUGUACUGGUGUGCUUUGCUCCCAUCCUCUCUCCAGGGACAUCAGAUUGGAAUCUUUAUCAGUUACUUUUCAUGGACAUGACCUUAUUGUUGAUUCUGAGCUGGAGCUGAAUUAUGGCAGACGUUAUGGUUUGCUUGGAUUAAAUGGAUGUGGGAAAUCUACACUUCUUGCGGCAAUAGGAUCUCGAGAGCUUCCUAUUCCAGAACACAUGGAUAUAUAUCACCUUACACGAGAGAUUGAAGCUUCUGACAUGUCUUCACUUGAAGCUGUUAUAAGUUGUGAUGAGGAGAGGUUGAAGUUGGAGAAGGAGGCAGAAACCUUGGCUGCUCAAGAUGAUGGAGGAGGAGAACAGCUUGAUCGUGUCUAUGAACGUUUAGAAGCUCUGGAUGCAUCAACUGCAGAAAAACGUGCUGCUGAAAUCCUGUAUGGACUUGGUUUUAACAAGCAGAUGCAAGCGAAGAAAACGCGAGACUUUUCUGGUGGUUGGAGGAUGAGGAUUGCCUUAGCACGUGCGUUAUUCAUGAAACCCACCAUCCUUCUGCUGGAUGAACCCACUAAUCAUCUAGAUCUAGAAGCUUGUGUCUGGCUAGAAGAAAACUUGAAGAAUUUUGACCGCAUCCUGGUAGUGGUUUCACAUUCCCAGGACUUUCUGAACGGUGUAUGCACAAACAUUAUCCACAUGCAGAACAGAAAACUAAAGAUCUACACGGGUAACUAUGAUCAAUAUGUUCAGACCCGUUCUGAACUGGAAGAAAAUCAGAUGAAAAUGUACAAGUGGGAGCAGGAUCAAAUUGCUUCCAUGAAAGAGUAUAUUGCUAGAUUUGGGCAUGGGUCAGCAAAACUAGCUCGGCAGGCACAGAGCAAAGAGAAAACACUGGCAAAAAUGGAGAGGGGUGGGCUUACAGAAAAGGUGGUGAGGGACAAGGUUCUUGUCUUCCGCUUUGUUGAUGUUGGAAAGCUUCCCCCUCCUGUUCUUCAGUUUGUGGAAGUAACGUUUGGUUAUACCCCUGAUAAUCUCAUCUACAAGAACCUUGAUUUUGGAGUUGACUUGGACUCUCGAAUAGCUCUGGUUGGACCCAAUGGUGCUGGAAAGAGUACCCUGUUGAAGCUGAUGACGGGGGACCUGGUUCCUCUUGAUGGCAUGGUCCGGCGACAUAAUCAUCUGAGAAUUGCCCAGUUUCAUCAACAUUUAGCUGAGAAACUAGAUAUGGAAUUGCCUGCUCUCCAAUUUAUGAUGAAAGAGUAUCCAGGAAAUGAGGAAGAGAAGAUGAGGGCAGCAAUUGGGAAGUUUGGGCUCUCGGGUAAAGCUCAAGUGAUGCCAAUGAAGAAUUUGUCUGAUGGGCAGAGGAGCCGUGUUAUAUUUGCCUGGUUAGCAUGGAGGCAACCCCACUUAUUAUUGCUUGAUGAGCCCACUAAUCAUUUAGAUAUAGAGACAAUUGACUCGUUGGCGGAGGCACUGAAUGAGUGGGACGGAGGAAUGGUUCUUGUCAGCCACGACUUUAGGCUUAUAAACCAAGUCGCCCAGGAGAUAUGGGUGUGUGAGAACCAAGCUGUAACCAGGUGGGAGGGUGACAUCAUGGACUUCAAGCAACAUUUGAAGGCGAAGGCUGGGUUAGCUGAUUAAACUGUAAAAUCGUGAGUUAAUACUAUUGAAAGAACUGUGGCGUAGUCAUCGGCUUCUUGUCUCGACAUACGCCGCAGGUCGGCCAGCAUGUUCGUGAUGGUACCAACAAUCAAAACGUCUGAACACUUGAUGGGCUUGGUUAUUGUUUCGAGCCAGCAAUUUUAAUGGGCCUAGUAGGUAAUGUUUUUGUUUAAUCAUUCAUGUAUCCUAUAUCUUUUAGUUGGUUUUUUAACCAACUAGAUAGAGCCACUGAUAUUCUUAGACACUAUGCAAGCAACUACGAACAAAAGUCAUCUUAUAUUUUUUUUUGGUUUUUAUUGAAUGAAAUAUAUUGAUCUUAUGCGAUA